AUGGAGGAGCAUCCGCGGCCGCCGCCGGCCCGCCCACCAGUGAKCAUGGCCUGGCCGGGCGUCCCACAUCCCGGCGCCCCCUCCGCGGCCGGCUCGCCUGGAGGGACUUCCUCCGCGGCGACAUUGGCCGUGCUCUCCUUCAGCACCGUGGCGACCGCGGCGGCCGCGGCGCUGGGGAACCAGAGCGACGCCAGCGGGGGAGGCAGCGUUGCCGCUCCAGGUGGCGGCGGCGGCGGAGGCAGGCCCGGGGCGGCGGGGGCGGCGGGGGCGGUGCGGGKGGCGGCGGCGGCGAGGCCGGCGCUGGGCCCGGAGGCGGCGCCGGUGCUGUCGCACGGGGCAGCGGUGGCAGCUCAGGCGCUCGUCCUGCUGCUCAUCUUCCUGCUAUCUAGCCUGGGCAACUGCGCGGUGAUGGGGGUGAUCGUGAAGCACCGGCAGCUUCGCACCGUCACCAAUGCCUUCAUUUUGUCGCUGUCCCUGUCGGAUCUGCUCACGGCGCUCCUCUGCCUGCCCGCUGCCUUCCUGGACCUCUUCAUUCCCCACGGAGGUUCUGCGCCCGAAGUCGCCGCGGGGCCUUGGCGCGUCUUCUGCGCAGCGAGUCGCUUCUUCAGCUCGUGUUUCGGCAUCGUGUCCACUUUCAGCGUGGCCCUCAUUUCGCUGGACCGCUACUGCGCCAUCGUGCGGCCGCCCCGGGAGAAGAUCGGCCGGCGCCGCGCCCUGCAGCUCCUGGCGGGCGCUUGGCUGGUGGCUCUAGGCUUUUCCUUGCCCUGGGAACUGUUUGGGGGAUCCCGGGAGCCCUCCUCAGUGCAGAGCUUCCAUGGCUGCCUUUACCGGACCUCUCCAGACCCUGCGCAGCUGGGCGCGGCCUACAGCGUGGGGCUGGUGGUGGCCUGCUACUUGCUGCCCUUCCUGCUCAUGUGCUUCUGCCACUAUCACAUCUGCAAGGCCGUUCGCCUGUCGGAUGUGCGCGUGCGGCCAAUGACCACCUACGCGCGUGUGCUGCGUUUCUUUAGCGAGGUGCGCACUGCCACCACCGUGCUCAUCAUGAUUGUUUUCGUCAUCUGCUGCUGGGGCCCCUACUGCUUCCUGGUGCUGCUGGCCGCGACCCGGCAGGCCCAGGCCACGCAGGCCCCUUCUCUCCUCAACGUGGUGGCUGUCUGGUUAACCUGGGCCAAUGGGGCUAUCAACCCUGUCAUCUAUGCCAUUCGCAACCCCAACAUUUCCAUGCUCCUAGGGCGCAACCGCGAGGAGGGAUACCGGACUAGAAAUGUGGACGCUUUCCUACCCAGCCAGGGCCAGGGUCUGCAGGCCAGAAGCCGUAAUCGCCUUCGAAACGGCCUAGGGGUUUGCAGCAGGAUGUCCUCCUCCAACACCACCAGUGGGGCCGGAGGUGACAUGGCCAUGUGGGCCCGCAAAAACCCAGUUGUGCUUUUCUGCAGGGAGGGACCACCAGAACCUGUGACAGCAAUAGCCAAACAGCCUAAAACUGAAGCCGGAGAUACUAGCCUCUAA